AUGGCCCUCUCGAAUGAGGUUUCGCCGUUAGACAUCACGUCGACGAACAUCAAGCAUGUCAAUCGAAUGUUUCAGGAGAUGGAAGUGAGAAUGGCACAUUUGCAAAGGCAAGUGGACAGCCUGAGGGUGCGGGUACGACGGGAGCAUACGAAGCGCAAGCGGCUGGAGCUGAGGCUGGUCAGCAGGUUUGGGGAGCUUGCGCGGAGGGUGGCGGAGAGCGGCAGCAGUGCAGAGGAGGAGGACGAGGGCGUGGGGCCGCUGGGGCGGCCGCUGGACAUGUUUGAGGACAUGCUGCGGGAGCGGGACGCCGGUGGAAGCGAGCGGGAGGGCGAGCGGCUGCCACGGCGGCGCGGCGGGAUGCUGGACGGGCUGAUGGGCGCGCAGGAGGAGCUAGCGGGUGAGGCGCCCGGGCAGGUGCUGGUGGACACGCAGCACCCACACGAGGACCUGGCGGCGCUGAUCAACGACGCGCUGAACGGGUGCAAUGGGUCCAAGCGGCGCAGUCUGUCGAACGAGUUUGCGGCGCGCAGGCGGCAGCCGUCGGUGGGGUCUCAGACGCGACUGCCGAUCUUCCCGAUCAAGCCGGCGGCGCCCAGCGCGGCGCUGGAGACCUCCCGGCGCUACGACGAGGAAGACAUCAAGCUUAAGUACGGUGUGUCCUUCUCCGAGAAGUACUCCAAGGUGUCCGAGAUCUGGAACGACUACGUCAAGGCCAGUGACAAGGGCAUCUCGAUUCGCUCGCUGGAGGCCUCGUUCUCGAACAAAUGGCGCGCGAACAUGAAGAAGAGUGUCAAAAAGAAGUAUAACCGCCGUCUCAUCGUGGUGCGCGCCAUCGAGACCGGCAUCAAGCGCGGGCGCACCCAGGAGGAGUGCAUCGAGAUACUCGACGCCUUCCUGCGCCAGAACAACAAGACAGUGUCGCACUUCUACAAGAAAUCAAACCUACCAAAGGAACUCGUGUAG